AUGACGGAGAAUUUUGGAACUAUAGGCGUGUACAGAUUUGAGGUAGGAUGGAUGUUUAGAAUUGCAUUUACACCCAUUAUUAAUCCUAGGAUUAUGCCUAUAUUCACUGCACAAGGAUAUGCACCCAUCUCAGUUAAAACUAUCGCUCACUACGGCCAAAUUAUUAAUAACAAAGGAAACUUUACCCAAUACGAUUAUGGCAUGUUGGGGAAUUUAAAAAGAUACCAUUCCCAGGAACCACCAAAAUAUAAUCUUGAAGAUAUUCCUGUUAAUGUGACUUUAAUAUACGGCAACAAAGAUAAGUUGGCUUAUAAAACUGAUGUUGAAGAUCUCUAUUCAAAUUUACAUCCAAACAGAAGAAGCAUUAUUGAAAUACCAAGAAAUGGUACUUCUGAAAGUUGGGCUCAUCUGGAUUUUGUCAUAGGUGUCAAUAUUAAAACAGUUAUGUAUCCAGAAAUCGAUGAUGUUUUGGAUAAAAUGAAAUAA